GCUAUGGGCUCGGACGCCUGGGUGGGCCUUUGGCGGCCACACCGGCCCCGCGGCCCCAUCGCGGCGCACUACGGAGGCCCCGGGCCCAAAUACAAGCUGCCGCCCAACACCGGUAGAAGGGGCGGGCCCCGGGAUUGAGGGGUGGGACGGCGCCUGGGGGAGGGAACGGGAAGAGACCAGGGAGGUCUGCGCUCGGGGCUGAACCGUGCCUGCUAGAGGGGAGAGGGGGGUCUAUGCCGGGGAAGGGUCUGUGUUCCAGACGGGGCUGGGGGCUGGGCCCGGCCAGACGCUGACUCGGAUGCUCCCAGGCUACGUCCUGCAUGACCCGUCGCGGCCCCGCGCCCCCGCCUUCACCUUCGGCGCGCGCCUCCCCACGCAGCAGACGACUUGCAGCCCCGGGCCCGGCCACUUGGUGCCCGCCCGCAUGACCGUGCGCGGCCCCGACGGCGCCCCCGCCUACUCCAUCUACGGCCGCCCGCGCCGCUCUGCGCCCGUCCUCACUCCGGGACCUGGUCAGGAUCCCCGGGCCCCUGGCCACCCCAACGCCGAACUCCCUCCAGGGAGGCCCACCUGGGAACCCCCCAGCUAACCCCGAGUCCCCCUCGGAUACCCUAACACCGCAUAUUCGGUACCCCCAUAUCCGGAUCUCAAAUCCCAAACCCCGAACCCCGCGGGGCUUUGACAAAUCGUGGCUCAGACUCCCUCCUAGUCCCAGGACCCCAUCUCGGGUACCCACAAGGCCCCCACGCAGUUCCAGCCCCCCACACCCUUGAUCCGCCCCUCAGGCACGUACUUCCCGGAGCGAGCGGGGAACGCGACGUACCCCAGUGCGCCUCGGCACACCAUUGCUUCCCGAAACUGGGGUGUCCAGGGGGAGCAACAGAGCCCAGGUGAGGCCAGAACGGCCCAUCCCAGAACUGUGGGCCUUCCCACUCGAGACCAGGGACCGCCCUCCGGGAACUGGGACCACCCUGCGCCUGUCCGCGGAGACCCACUACCCCCGAGCCCUGCCUCCUCCCCAGGUCCCGCGGCCUAUACUGUGCCCUCGCUCUUGGGUCCGCGCGUCAUCGGCAAAGUCUCCGCCCCAACUUACUCCAUCUAUGGCCGCAGAGCGGCUGGCAGUUUCUUCGAGGACCUCAGCAAGGUGGGGGAGGGGCCGGGGCGGACGCAGGGGGGUCCCUGGUCCGCGGCAGUGGAGGCGGCAGCCAGCACCCUCUGCCCUCCCGCAGACCCCGGGCCCCUGCGCCUACCACGUCGUGAGUCCAGGGGUCUACAAGUCCCGGGCCCCCCAGUUCACGAUGCUGGCGCGGACUUCGGUCCCCCAAGACAACACUCGGAAGCCAGGGCCCGCGGCCUACAACGUGGAUCAGGUGGCCUGGAGCCAAGGGUCAAGGGUCAGAGUCAGGGGAAUGGGGAGGGCCUGAGGUCGGAGUGAUGGGAUCAGGGUCCCCGGGGGUCCAGGGGUCUCGGAGAGGACGCCGGCCCCGCGAGGUCAGCGGCGUCCUCCGGGUCCGCAGCACCGGAAGCCCCGCGGCUGGAGUUUCGGGAUCCGGCACUCGGACUACCUGGCCCCGCUGGUGACCGACGCGGACAACUGACCCGCCAGGCGGGAGCGGCCCCACACUUGUUUGCUUAAAGUCUGCGAGUCCGCAUCUUGUCCGCCUCUCUCUCUGCGCGUCCUGGCGCGAGGCCGGGGGUGGAGCCAGGACUGGGGCCGUGUCCCAACUCCGAACCCAGCGGGGCGGGGCCCGAGCGUCGGGCGAGGCCGGGACCCCAGCGCUGCGCCGCGUCCGAACAUCGAGACCCCACCGAGGGCGGGAGGGGGACUCUCGGGAGCCACAGACGCCCGAGACUCACGCCGGGCGGGACCGGCCAGUGAUCACCCCCGCCGACGGCCCCGGGCCCCGACGGCCCGGAAGUCCCGCGUGUCCGCGGGCACCGGGGGAUCGGCCGGGGCGCGGCGUGCAAGGCUUCCCGGGGGCGGCGACUGCCGAGCCCCGCCCUCCAGGCGGCCCCACCCGCCUGCUGUCCUGGGGUGCCGCCGCCCCGCCGCCCGCAGUGGACCGCUGUGUGCGAACCCUACGGUCCCGACCCGCGGGCGAGGCCGGGUACCUGGGCUGGGAUUCGGAGCAGGCGGGCGAGGGCAGCCGCCCUGAGCAGGCAUCCCCGCAGGCCCGGAACGAUGGCGGCCUCGAUGACCCCGGGAACCGGGGCCCCACCCGCGCCUGGUGACUUCUCCGGGGAAGGGAGCCAGGGACUUCCCGACCCUUCGCCAAAGCCCAAGCAGCUCCCGGAGCUGAUCCGCAUGAAGCGAGACGGAGGCCGCCUGAGCGAAGCGGACAUCAGGAGCUUCGUGGCCGCUGUGGUGAACGGGAGCGCGCAGGGCGCACAGAUCGGGGCCAUGCUGAUGGCCAUCCGACUUCGGGGCAUGGAUCUGCAGGAGACCUCGGUGCUGACCCAGGCCCUGGCCCAGUCGGGGCAGCAGCUGGAGUGGCCAGAGGCCUGGCGCCAGCAGCUUGUGGACAAGCAUUCCACAGGGGGUGUGGGUGACAAGGUCAGCCUGGUCCUCGCACCUGCCCUGGCGGCGUGUGGCUGCAAGGUGCCAAUGAUCAGCGGACGUGGUCUGGGGCACACAGGAGGCACCUUGGAUAAGCUGGAGUCUAUUCCUGGAUUCAAUGUCAUCCAGAGCCCAGAGCAGAUGCAAGUGCUGCUGGAGCAGGCGGGCUGCUGUAUCGUGGGUCAGAGUGAGCAGCUGGUCCCUGCAGACGGAAUCCUAUAUGCAGCCAGAGACGUGACAGCCACCGUGGACAGCCUGCCACUCAUCACAGCCUCCAUCCUCAGUAAGAAGCUCGUGGAGGGGCUGUCCGCUCUGGUGGUGGACGUUAAGUUCGGAGGGGCCGCCGUCUUCCCCAACCAGGAGCAGGCCCGGGAGCUGGCAAAGACGCUGGUUGGUGUGGGAGCCAGCCUAGGACUUCGGGUCGCGGCAGCGCUGACCGCCAUGGACAAGCCCCUGGGCCGCUGCGUGGGCCACGCCCUGGAGGUGGAGGAGGCGCUGCUCUGCAUGGACGGCGCAGGCCCGCCAGACUUAAGGGACCUGGUCACCACGCUCGGGGGCGCCCUGCUCUGGCUCAGCGGACACGCGGGGACUCAGGCCCAGGGCGCUGCCCGGGUGGCGGCGGCGCUAGACGACGGCUCGGCCCUUGGCCGCUUCGAGCGGAUGCUGGCGGCGCAGGGCGUGGAUCCCGGUCUGGCCCGAGCCCUGUGCUCCGGAAGCCCCGCAGAGCGCCGGCAGCUGCUGCCUCGCGCCCGGGAGCAGGAGGAGCUGCUGGCGCCUGCGGAUGGCACCGUGGAGCUGGUCCGGGCGCUGCCGCUGGCGCUGGUGCUGCACGAGCUCGGGGCCGGGCGCAGCCGCGCUGGGGAGCCGCUCCGCCUGGGGGUGGGCGCCGAGCUGCUGGUCGACGUGGGUCAGAGGCUGCGCAGUGGGACGCCCUGGCUCCGCGUGCACCGGGACGGCCCCGCGCUCAGCGGCCCGCAGCGUCGCGCCCUGCAGGAGGCGCUCGUACUCUCCGACCGCGCGCCAUUCGCCGCCCCCUCGCCCUUUGCAGAGCUUGUUCUGCCGCCGCAGCAAUAAAGCUACUUUGCCGCGGCCGGGCGCGGUGGUUCACGCUUGUAAUCCCAG